GGGAAUUUUCGGAGCCAUUGCAGCAAAUCAUGUUGCAUUCAACGAUGACCUCUGGGACACUAACAAAUUGAGGUGAGCCAGUGAGAGCGAUAGGACAUCGGUGGCAGACAGAGCAUGCUCAGAACCAGAAAGGGGGAGAGCAGCAAAUGCCAGCUCAGUCUGCAGAUGGUGCAAUGAAAACCGCUAUUAUCAUAUGAAUGAAACAGCCUUGCCGAGAUUUGCUUGUAAUUCUCCAAUCAGAGGCCAGACAAUAGGAACCCUCUUAAACCAUUUUUUUUUAAAUUCAGCACAAGGAAGACGGGGAACUCCAGAUAACAGUUGAUGCUUUUUUUUUUUUAACGCAAUGUAAGCUAUGUAGACUAUUGAAGUGCUGAUCCCCCAUCCGCUGUAUCCUCUGAAGUCUGCAGCUGUACCGGAGUCAUGAACAGCAUGUUCUUAUGAUCUAUUUACAAUGUUACGCCGCCUGAAUGAUGACAGUCACUGUUGCUAGGCUGUUUUUUGGAUAUCUCAAUGUGGUAUUUCUACAGAAUGAACAUAUCUGCAGUAUUUAAUGCUUUGCUUGUAUCCAUCCUGGCAGCAGUGUUGUGGAAACAUGUCAAGCUUUGGGAGCAGUUCUCUAUUAUUGAGGAGGAGUUGGACCUCACCCGUCAGUCCCAGGAGCUGUCACAAGUACGCAUUGACUAUCAGGCAGCUUUAUACGCACUUGUGGAAGAUGGCACUAAAAUGGUUUGUACGGGCAGGAUGCAUACAGACCGGGUGUGCCGCUUCGAGUCACUUUGUUUCUCCACCGAAGCUGAAGAGUUUGUCUUUUUUCACAGCAACUCCUCAAUUAUGCUACCCAACCUAGGAGCGAGACGCUUCCAACCUGCUCUGUUAGACUUGUCUUCUGUAGAUGAUCACAACACCCAAUAUUUCAACUUUGUAGAGCUUCCGGCUGCUGCGUUAAAAUUUAUGCCCAAGCCUGUCUUUGUGCCAGAUGUUGCUCUCAUAAUGAAUAGGUUUAACCCAGACAACCUGAUGCACGUCUUUCAUGAUGACCUGCUACCAAUAUUCUACACCAUGCAGCAAUUUCCAGACUUAGACCUGGACUCUCGUCUCUUUUUCAUGGAAGGGUGGGGCGAAGGCUCACACUUUGACCUCUACAAGUUUAUGAGCAACAAACAGCCUUUGCUGAAAGAGCAGUUGAAAACUUUAGGUAGGCUUCUCUGCUUUACUAAGGCAUACGUGGGACUCACGAAAAUCACAACAUGGUACCAGUAUGGCUUUGUCCAACCUCAAGGUCCAAAGGCAAACAUAUUGGUCUCUGGCAACGAAAUAAGACACUUUGCAAAAUUCAUGUUGGGAAAGCUAAACAUCAGUUCUGAUCAGCCUACAACAGAAGACUACAUAGUACUGUUCACUCGAUCGAUAAAUAGACUUAUUAUAAAUGAGGCGGAAUUACUCCUUGCUUUAGCUCAGGAAUUUCAGAUGAGGACAAUCACAGUCUCUCUAGAAGAUAAUUCAUUUGCUGAAAUUGUGCGUCUGAUCAGUAAUGCAUCUAUGCUCGUGAGUAUGCAUGGAGCACAGUUGGCUAUGUCCCUUUUUCUGCCAAGGGGUGCAGCUGUAGUUGAGCUUUUUCCCUAUGCCAUAAACCCAGAUCAUUACACACCAUACAAAACUCUAGCAACCCUUCCAGGCAUGGAGCUCCAGUAUGUUGCUUGGCAGAACACAGAGGAGAAAAAUACCAUCACUUAUCCUGAUAGGUCUUGGGAACAAGGUGGCAUUGCACAUCUAGGUAUUGUUGAACAGGGCCGAAUAACGAAGAGUAAAGAAGUUCCACGUCACCUCUGUUGUCGUAAUCCAGAGUGGCUUUUCCGUAUCUACCAGGACACAAAAGUAGAUGUUCUAUCACUCAUCAAAGUCAUAAGAGGUGUUGUUAAAACAAAGCCCGGCUCUCGGAAGCAGAGGUUUGCAAACGGAUUGUAUCCUGGGAAGGUAAGGGAAUGCAAAUGCCAGGCUUCUUCAUCAGGUGCCAGUGUGACCAAGCUGUCCGUGACUUGGCAGAUUCCAUGGAAUCUCAAGUACUUGAAAGUCAGAGAUGUUAAAUAUGAAGUAUGGAUCCAAGAGCAAGGUGAAAACACGUACAUGCCUUAUAUAUUAUCUUAUCAGAACCACACGUUCUCAGAGAACAUUAAAGCAUCUACAACAUAUUUAGUGUGGAUCCGCUGCAUCUUCAAUAAGACUCUUCAUGGACCUUUUGCAGAGGUUUUAGUGUGUAAAACAUAACAAGACACAU